ACUAAUCCACCAGAUAAAUCUGAAAAUUGUGUUUCACAGGUGUCUGUUAGGUUAUCCUUACUGUUAAACUGUCGAAUAUUUUGACUGAGAGAUCGAAUGGCUGAUAAAAGUUCAUGUACCAGAUAACGUCACUCCGAACUGUCAAAACUUUGAGAAAAUUUUGCUCUCGAUCAGUUUAUCUCGAAGGUAUUUCGUGAACGUUUGCAGACGCAACACCAGAUUUUGUGAUAAUGGAUCUUUUUGAGUGUCUUGAAGAUGAGAGUGACUAUUAUUUUGCGAGCUUAUCGAGGCCUCGCAAACGUCGUGAAAUUAGAACUAGAAUGGAACAUUUUGAAAACUAUGAUGACGAAGAAUUCAGGUGCCGAUUCCGAUUGACGAAGUCAUCUGUUAAUUACGUUCUAUCUCUCAUAGAGGAUGACAUAAGAACAACAACUAACUUGAACUCUGCAAUAUCUCCAGUGAAUAGAUUGCUACUCACACUUCGAUACUAUGCAACAGGAUGCUUUCUUAGAGCUGUUGCAGAUUUGAGUGGUGUCAGUGCAGCAUCAGCAUGUAGAAUUGUUGCAGAGGUUUCUCUGGCAAUUGCAAAUUUGAGAACCGAAUUUGUUAAAUUCCCCUCAAAUUUACAGUCUGUUAUACAUGGAUUUUAUAGCAUAGCCAGAUUUCCAAGAGUGAUAGGAGUUAUUGACUGUACCCACAUAACAAUAAAAUCUCCAGGUGGAGAUAACGCAGAAUAUUACAGGGAUAGACAUGGUAAUUUUUCAAUGAAUGUUCAGACUGUUGUAGACCAUGAAUUGAAAAUUAUGGAUGUCGUAGCUAGAUGGCCAGGUUCAUGUCAUGAUCAGACAGUUUUCAAUAAUUCAAGAGUGAAACAGCGGCUUCUGAACAGAGAAUUCAAUAAUAACUUAAUAUUAGGAGACAGAGGAUAUGAAAAUACAAGCUAUUUGCUGACGCCACUCUACAACCCCUCUAGCCCACAAGAACGGUUGUACAAUGAAUCACAAAUCAGUACGAGGAAUGUAGUAGAGAGAUCUUAUGGUGUAUGGAAAAGCAGGUUUCCAGUAUUAUCAAAAAAAAUAACACUUCAUAUUUCAAAAGUGCAAAGCAUUAUUGUAGCUUGUGCUGUGCUUCAGAACAUUGCGAUUAUGUCAGGAGAUAAACAUUUUAAUGAGGACUCUCAGCAUAUUGAAGAGGAUCCACAGCAUAAUGAAAUCGAAAAUGCUUCAGGAAAUGAUGUAAGAAGUAUGCUUAUAUCGGAAUACUUCGCAUCAUUAUUGUAA